AUGUCUUACUCCUCAAUGGCAGUCCGAUUCUUCACAGCCCCCAAACCGCUUGGUGAUUCUUUGGACACCGAUCCCAAACCACUUGGUGAUUCUACGGACGCCGACCCCAAUUCAUCCAGUGAUUCUAUGGACACCGGCAAAAGCAAGAAGUCCGGGCCUGACUCCCAGGGCCAGACAGUCAUGAGAGCAAAUAUCUCUUCUGAACAGCCCUCCGCGGAGAUUGCUGAGCCCAAGAGCCAGGGCUUGACUUUUGCAAACCAGGACUCGCUGCCUAAACUUCCUAUUCCUAAUCUGGAGGAUACCUGUCGCAGGUACCUAGAGACUCUGCAGGGCUUGCAAACCCCGCGUGAUCAUGAAGAUACCAAGGCUGCUGUUCGGGACUUUUUAAAGAAUGAGGGCCCUAUUCUGCAAGAGCGGCUGAAGGCUUAUGCUAGCUCAAAGACCAGCUAUAUUGAGCAAUUCUGGUAUGAUUCUUAUUUGAAUUUCGAUAAUCCUGUUGUUUUGAACCUCAAUCCAUUCUUCCUUUUGGAGGACGACCCAACUCCCGCCAGAAAUCACCAGGUGACUCGAGCUGCAUCACUGGCCGUCUCAUCAUUGGCGUUUGUUCGGGCUGUGCGUCGAGAGGAGUUGCCUCCUGAUACCGUGCGGGGAACGCCCCUUUGCAUGUAUCAGUACUCCCGGCUUUUUGGAACCGCACGUCUGCCUACCGAAAAUGGCUGCGUAAUUAGCCAGGACCCCUCGGCUAAACACAUAGUUGUUAUGGCUCGGGGCCAGUUCUACUGGUUUGACGUCUUGGACGACAAUAGUGAUUUGAUCAUGAGUGAGAAAGAUAUCUCGCUUAACCUGGAGGUAAUCGUUGAGGACGCGACUCAGACUCCUCUUCACGAGGCUGCCAAGGGUGCUGUGGGUGUACUCAGCACCGAGAACCGGAAAGUUUGGUCGGGCCUACGUGAUAUCAUGACCAAAGAUCGCAGAUCUAACAACGCGGAGUGUUUGAACAUUGUCGAUACCGCGCUCUUUAUCCUAUGUCUAGACGCCACGGAGCCAGCCUCCAUGGCCGAUCUUUGUACUAACAUGCUUUGUGGCACAUGCGAAGUCGUCAAGGGUGUGCAGGUUGGAACCUGUACCAACCGUUGGUAUGACAAGCUGCAAAUCAUCGUUUGCAAGAACGGCAGUGCCGGUAUCAAUUUCGAGCAUACCGGUGUGGAUGGCCACACGGUGCUACGCUUUGCCAGCGACGUGUACACCGACACCAUCCUCCGCUUCGCAAAGACCAUCAACGGGCAAUCCCCAAGCCUAUGGGCAACCAGCAGUCCCGACCCUGCGAAGCGCGACCCACACAGUUUCGGAAAUGUCAGCACGACACCGCGCAAAUUAGAAUGGGACAUGACACCCGAGCUUAACAUUGCGCUCCGCUUCGCCGAAUCACAUCUAUCCGACCUGCUCUGCCAACACGAAAUCCAAGUCCUGGACUUCGAAUGCUUUGGCAAGAACUUCAUCACUUCAAUGGGCUUCUCUCCGGAUGCAUUCAUCCAGAUGGCCUUCCAAGCCGCCUACUACGGCCUCUACGGCCGAGCUGAGAACACCUACGAACCAGCCAUGACAAAGAUGUUCCUGCACGGACGCACAGAAGCCAUCCGCACCGUAAGUCCCGAAUGCAUAGACUUUGUCACCGCAUUCUGGGGCGAGAAUGCCGCCGAACAAAAGGUCGAUGCCCUCCGCAUCGCAUGCCAAAAACACAGCGCCGCCACCAAGGACUGUUCAAAGGGCCAGGGCCCGGACCGUCACCUCUACGCCCUCUACUGCCUCUGGCAGCGCUCCUUCGACGAAGGUCUCUUCCCGGACACCAGCUCAACCGGCGGGUACUCCAGCCCUGGCGAAACACAAUCCCAAACCCAAAGCCAGUGUCCCGAAUCACCGAAGCUCUCCUCCUCCUCCCCUUCAGACGACGGUUUCUCUUCACAGGGAAGCAGCACACGCGGCUACCGCACAGUAACGGCGCCAACGCCCGCAAUCUUCGCCGAUGCCGGCUGGGACAAGAUCAAUACCACUAUACUGUCGACCUCAAACUGUGGAAACCCUUGUCUGCGCCACUUCGGCUUCGGCCCUACGUCAGCCGACGGCUUCGGUAUUGGCUAUAUCAUCAAGGACGAUUCGAUCUCGAUCUGCGCGAGCUCCAAGCACAGACAGACGUCGCGUCUCAUGCACACGCUCGAGACGUAUCUGUUUGAGAUUCGGAAGUUGCUGCGCGCGACCAAUCGCAAGGCGACGAGUCCGCGCACUAGUCGCGCGAGAGAGACUGAGGCGUUUGCGGAGAGCUUGCAGGCGGAGACGAAUCGUCGCGGUCGACUUGUAAGAGGUGGGGGUGUUGAGACACCUACUUCUGCUGCUGAGAGUAGCUAUAUGGAGGAUGAUGGUAUGGGAGGAUAUGGUUUCUUCGAUGCUGGUAUGCUUCUCCAUGCGCUCAAGGGUCUCAGUGCGGAACGGGAACAACGCGGGGAGAAAUCUGUUAGGCGGAGAUUUAAGCAUUGCGCCAAUCUGCAUGUGUAUUCCAUGAACGCUAUGACUCUGCACGCCGUACAUAAACGGGCGCCCCAGUUGCGGGCAUCCCUAACAAGGCGCUUUACAACCACCCCCCGCACGGCCAGUUAUGCGGACACUUUACCGAAUCUCAAGAUUGGCGCCCAUACCAGGGUAUUGUACCAGGGGUUUACAGGAAGACAGGCGACUGCCAAUGCCAAGGAGUCUCUUGAAUGGGGCACUAAGAUCGUGGGAGGCGUCAAGCCUGGGGUCGAAGGCGAACAUCUAGGUUUACCUGUCUUCCCAUCUGUCAGAGCGGCCCGAGAACAGGCAAAGCCUGACGCAUCUGCGAUCUAUGUCCCAGGAAAUCAAACCGCCAAAGCCAUCGAAGAAGCCAUCGAAGCAGAAAUCCCACUCGUCGUGGCUGUAGCUGAGCAUGUGCCCAUCCACGACAUCCUUCGGAUCCACUCCAUGCUACAAACGCAAUCCAAGACCCGUCUAGUCGGCGCAAACUGUCCAGGCAUUAUAUCCGCCAUCGGCAAAUGCCGAAUCGGCUUCCAGCCAUUGCCAUGCUUCGCGCCGGGCAAUGUCGGUAUCGUGGCUAAAUCUGGGACAUUAAGCUAUGAGACUGUUGCGUCGACGACGCGGGCUGGACUUGGUCAAAGUCUUUGUAUUAGUAUGGGCGGUGACGUGCUGGCGGGCACGAACUUUGUCGAUGCCCUUAAUCUCUUUGAGGAUGAUCCUGAUACUCGGGGUAUUAUCUUGGUUGGGGAGAUUGGGGGUACGGCGGAGAUGGAUGCUGCGGAGUGGAUUGAGGAUUAUCGACGGAGAACUGUGGAUCCUAAGCCUAUUAUGGCUCUUGUUGGUGGGUUGGAAGCACCUCCUGGGCGGGUUAUGGGACAUGCUGGUGCUUGGGCUGCGCCUGGGGAACCUGAUGCAGAAACUAAGUAUCGGGCGCUUGAACGUGCUGGCGCGGUCAUGGUUAAUCAUCCUGAGAAGUUCGGCGAAGGAAUGAAGACUUUGUUUGCGAACCAGUCUAACCGGCCGGGUAUAAGUCCAAUGUCUGGAACUAGCUCACAAAAACGUGGCUUUCAUACUAUGAGACGAGUUACGCCAAUCUCGAGAUCGACAGCUGAACACAAGCGUAAUCUGUACAUCAAGCAGUUCCAGGCAUUCGACAUCCUCAAGCAGAAAUCCGUCCCUGUCAAUGAGUCGGCUUCUAGCUCUGAUAGUCCUAUUUCUGUUUCCAUUGCAGUCGACCGAACAGCUUUAUCGCCGUGCAUUAUUGCCUCGGCGACUUCCGACUUUAGCCCGGCUCAGUCGCAGAAAUUCCCGUUCCCUUACAAUCAGACCAAGUUCGAAACCUCCAUUAUCGCGGCUGUUGCCGAGCAGUUGGGUCUCCCAGCCUCUGCUCACAAGCAGCUUGAAGGCAUUCUGCAAGCCCUUUGGGAAAUUUACAAGGAAAAAGAGGCCUUCACGCUAGAGACGCAAAUUGGCAUCUCCCCCGAUGAUGUUUUGGAGGUCCAGGGUGCACGUUUUGGCUUCGACGAUGCUGCAUUCCGUAGCUCGGGCCGACAGGAAGAUAUCCAUAAACUGCGGAAUAUAUCCGAAGAGGUCGCGGAGGAGGUUGAAGCCGAAAAGGACGGAAUUGUUUACGUCAACAGAUUGGAAGGCGAAGGCAAUAUUGGCACACUCGUCAAUGGAGCCGGCCUUGCCAUGAACACGGUCGACGCUCUCACUAUCCACGGCGGCCACUGCGCGAAUUUCCUCGACACCGGUGGCAAAGCUACUUCGGAGACAGUCAAGGCGUCAUUCCGCGUAAUUUGCUCUGACACGCGCGUCAAAGCCGUCUUUGUCAAUAUCUUUGGCGGACUGACUCGCUGCGACAUGAUUGCUGAGGGCAUUAUCUUGGCUUUCCGGGAUUUGAAUAUGAAGGUUCCAGUGGUUGUGCGACUGCGAGGUACGAAUGAGGAACUGGGGCAGAAGAUGAUUGCGGAGAGUGGCCUUCCUUUGCAUGCAUUUGAUGGAUUCGAGGAGGCUGCAAAGAAGGUUAUUGCAUUGGCUAAGGGGCAAUAG